AUGGAUUCCAAGCUUCACCCGGCGGUUACCGUCACCAACAUCAAGACCUGCAUUCCUAUCGUCCUUGAAUCUGACUCUGCCCAAUACUCGACGUGGUCGGAAUUCUUCCGUAUCCACUGCCGAGCUUUCCUCGUCUCUGACCAUCUCAAACCAAGACCGAAAACCACCACCACUGACACCAGCAAAACCACCACCGACACCGACGCAGACAAAACAUCUCCUCCGAAGUCCCCUCUUGAUUCGUGGGAGCGGUUGGAUGCCAUAGUCCUGCAAUGGAUCUAUGGCACCAUCUCCCCUGAUCUUGUUCAAACCAUCAUGAAGAAGGGUUCCACUGCGUAUGACGCGUGGGCUGCCCUGGAAACAUUGUUUCAAGACAACAAAGUUGUUCGUGCCCUAUACCUGAAACAAAUGUUCAACUCUACCCGUUUUGAAAAUUUCUCCAACAUGGCCACGUAUUGUCAGGAACUCAAAGUGAUUUCUGAUCAACUCAACAAUGUUGAAGCCCCUGUCGACGACCAAUCUCUUGUGUUGCAAACUCUCGCUGGCCUAACUGACUCCUACGAAGCCGUGGCCACCGUCCUUGGUAAUACAAAACCCCUGCCAUCUUUCAACGAGGUCCGCUCCCAACUUUGCAUGAAUGAGACCCGCAAAGCCAAUCAGGCCUUCACCUUUGCUAACUCAGCCGGCUCCGCGCUUCAUGCCGCAUCUCGGCCUGCUGUCUCCCACCCCAACACCACUUCGCCAAAUCCCACCACUCCCCCUACCGAAUACCGCAACCGGGGUCGCUCUCGCGGCCGCGGACGUGGUCGGGGCAAACCCUCCUGGAACCGCAAUCGCAACCCAAACCAAUCUGCUCCACAAUUUUCAACCCCAUUCCCUUGGCCAUACGGCCCGCCAGCAUGGCCCAAUGCUUCUCAACAAGUCUCACAGUGGCCGACUUGGGCCUCACCCCCUGCCCCUACCCGACCACUCAACAGCCCACUUCUAACACUUCGGGUCAGGGAGUUUUAG